UUCACGGGCAAUGAUGGAAAAGGAGCUGGUCACCAUCAGGGACACCAAAAUAAACAGAUGAAAUUUCCACAGUGUACAAAUUGUGGCCGUAAUCAUCCAGGCCAAUGCAGAUUGGGUUCUAGAGCUUGCUACACUUGCGGCCUUGAGGGCCAUAUGUCGAGAGAUUGUCCAAGAAAGAAUCAGCAAAACUACCAGAUCACUCACAUGCCAAGAAAUCCAACACCUUCAGCGGCUGUCCAUAAUAUGCAGGCUUAUCUAGAAGGACCAUCCAUCCAGCAAGGGCGUCUUGAGGCACCACCAGAGGCUCCGGUUGCUAGAGUGUUCACAAUCUCGAAAGAGGAGGCAUCGAUAAAUCCCGGUGUUGUCACAGAUACUAAGGGUAAGGCCAAGGCCUAGGAAGAUGAUGAGGGAGUGGAACGCGUGCCAAGAUGAGUUAACGGGAACGACCUUGGCGGCUUCUAGCUAGUUUUAUUUUACUCCAGUAUUUCAGUGAGAAUAAAAAGAUUAUUAUUACUUUAUAUAAUUGAGGUUUUGAAGUUUUAGUAAAUUCCUGGAUCCAGGCGGUUAUCACAUUUGCUGGUGAUAACUAGAAUUUUUUUGAGUUUUUAUUUGGA